AUCGUGACAUCAUCUUCGGAGAGACCGCGCGCCCCUGACGUUUCCAUGGCAACGGCUUCUGCUGUUGAUCAGCUCAGGCAAAAUGGCCGAAGAGGAGAGAUCCGCGGCGCUCCCAGUGGCGACUGAAGCCAAGAAACGGCGGGCUCCCAAAGCUCCAGAGCUUCCCAUUUUGGAGAGGAGGAACUGGCUAAUUCACCAGCACUACAUCCGCAAAGACUAUGAGACCUGCAAGGCAAUCAUCAAAGACCAGCUGCAGGAGACCAAUGGGAUGUGUGAAUAUGCUAUAUAUGUUCAAGCACUAAUCUUGCGUCUGGAGGGGAAGAUCCAACAAUCCCUGGAGCUGUUCCAGAGUUGUGCUAUCCUCAAUCCCAGCAAUGCUGACAAUCUCAAGCAAGUGGCCAGAUCACUUUUUCUGCUCGGAAAGCACAAGGCGGCAAUCGAAUUCUAUCAGGAGGCUGCGAGACUCAGUGAAAAAGACUGGGAGAUCAGCCACAAUCUGGGCGUGUGCUAUUCCUUCUUAAAAGAUUUCAAAAAUGCAGAGGAGCAGCUAAACAUAGCCCUCCAGUUAAACAAACAUGACAGGACUUUCAUGAUGCUCGGGAAGGUUCAUUUGCUGGCUGGAGACACUGACAAGGCGAUUGAGGUGUAUAAGAGUGCAGUGGAGUUCUCUCCAGAAAAUACCGAACUGCUGACUACUCUUGGUCUGCUGUAUCUGCAGCUCGGGAAGUACCAAAAGGCGUUUGAGCACCUUGGGAAUGCCCUCACUUUUGACCCUAACAACUAUACGGCUAUCCUGGCUGCAGGCAGUAUGAUGCAGACCCAUGGUGACUUUGAUGUGGCCAUGAACAAGUACCGGGUGGCAGCAUGUGCUGUGCCCGAGAGCCCCCCUCUCUGGAACAACAUCGGCAUGUGCUUCUUUGGCAAGAAGAAAUACGUAGCUGCCAUCAGCUGCCUGAAGCGGGCCCACUAUUUGUCUCCGUUUGACUGGAAAGUGUUGUACAACCUGGGUCUGGUGCACCUGACCAUGCAGCAGUACGCCUCGGCCUUCCACUUCCUUGGGGCAGCCAUCAACCUGAACCCCCGCAUGGGGGAGCUCUACAUGCUGCUGGCAGUGGCCCUGACCAAUUUGGAUGAUGUAGAGAACGCCAUCAGAUCAUACGAGCAAGCUGUGGCGCUAGACGAGUCCAACCCUCUGGUGAACCUGAACUUUGCCAUCCUACUCUACAAUCACGGGGACAAGAAGCGAGCCCUGGAGCAGUAUCAGGAAAUGGAGAGGAAAGUCAACCUGCUAAGAGACAGCAGCAGCAGCAUUGAAUUCGAUCCUGAGCUAAUAGACAUGGCUCAGAAGAUGGGGGCCGCCCUGCAGGUGGCAGACAGUCUGGUGUGGACCAAACCAGCCAAGGACUCCAAGACGAAACCCCGCUCAACAGCAACAGCCAAAACCCCCGGCGCUCCCCUCGGCACCAACCAGGCGCUGGGCCAGGCCAUGUCCUCUGCUGCGAGCUACAACAGGAACAUCCAGCUACCGACAGGAGCCACCAAAGCUCCCUCCAUGCCCCUCGAGCCAGAGCCCGAUGUGGAGAGUGCCCUCAGCCCGGCCGGCGACCCCCCCGGCUCCCCCGACCCCGAGGAGGCAGUCGCCCCCAAAACCUGAGACGCAUCCCAGAUGGGAGAGUGGACGAGCUCAGGGGCGGCGGUCAGUUUGUCCUGGGACGCUCUCACUCUGGGGAAGCCAGCCCGGCUCGUCCUGCUCUGUGAGCUCAUAGCAGUUUGAGUUUUAGUCAUAAAGCCUCGAGCUAUAGGGUUUAUUUUAUUUAUUUUUUUUUUUUAUAGUAGGUACGUGGUGCACAGCAGUUUCAUUUCCUGCACUAUAAUUUAUUUCAAAUGGAAAAGGGCAGGGGCAAGUUCAUCCUUUCCUGUAGGUUUUUUUUCUAACUGCGCCUUUCAUGAAUACAGAAUGUCUAAUACAUCAUUUAUCACUUCUUGAGCCAAAGUUGUAUGUCUGCCACCACACUCCUCCACUUUGAUACAGCGACUGGGUGUUUCCUGUUUUGUAAAUGGGGCAGGCUGGGUGUCCAUGUUUAAUGGCUCUUUUUAGACUAUUUAUAUGAUGACACAUCAACGGUUUUUGGUGAAACUGCAGCUAUAAUGCUUCAUUUUUGAGUCAGCUGGGCAAUAAGGGCAAAUGAUACAUUUUCAUUGUAUUUACAUUUGAAAUGUGGUGAGCUUAAUAAAGCUAAAUAAAUGUGGAAGAAACACUGUGACAAUCACUGCUAAAAUCGGAUCAUUCCAGUCAGUGUCAUUCUGGCUUGGUUGUAUGAUAGGGCUUUUUUGAGCAUCAUUGAAUGUAAAUAGUGACACAUGCUUUUAUAUGUGGUUAAAUGUUAUGUUUAUAUAGAGUCAUGUAUUUAUUACAAUUAAACAGAGUCAAAAGAAA